AUGAAGUCUCUGUCCAUCCUCGCAACGGCGACACUCGCAUCCGCCGCGGUUCUCUGGGACGGUCGCCUCAACGAUCUCGAGUCGGCAGAGGACCUGAACAAAUGGUCCUGGGCAACUCCCGUGGGACCAUACCAGUAUUACAUCCACGGCAAUGGUCCGGUGACCGAAUAUGUCGAAUUCAGCCCCGAGCACAAGAACCCCAACGACACCGCCUCGGCCCAGGGCGUCAAGAUCACCCUGACGGACACGGCGUACUGGAAUGGCCAGAACAUGCGUCGUACGGAGCUCAUCCCCGAGACAGACGCCGCGAUCGCUUCCGGCAAAGUCUGGUACCACUUCAGCAUCUCGCGAUCCGCCAUCAACCCACCGAGCCAAGCGAGGGAGCACCAGAUUGCCUUCUUCGAGAAUCAUUUCACUGAACUCAAGUAUGGCGGUUCAGGGACCACGUGCGACUCUCUCCGUUGGCAGGUCAGCGGCCAGGACAAGUGGGCCAUUGCUUUUGGCGACGACGUCUGGCACAACAUUGCGUACGAGAUUGACUUUGCCGAGGGAAGCGUCGGUCUCUGGCACUCGACGGGCGCGGAACCCCUGGAGGAGGUCGUCGCUCCCAUGUCGGUGGGUGCGAGCAGCAAUGGCGCAGACUGGCACGUUGGUGUUCUCGAGCUUCCCAACGGGGACGCUGAUGCAGAUGAGGAUCUCUUCUUCUCGGGCGUGUACAUUGAAGACGGCGCAAUCACGACAGACGUCUCGGGGCCGUAG